AUGAGACUUCCGUUCCAUCUACCUGGCCAACAACCUGUUGUUUUCGGUCCUGAUGAGGAUAUUAACUAUGUUCUAAACAAACCAUCUGUUAAAUCUUCAAUGUUUCUCUCAUGGAUGGAACGUAAUAAAGACCCAAAUGACACGUUGGCCCGUACACUUACAUAUGUUCAGUUUCCCAAUUUUUAUGUUUGGAAGCUUGAUAAGCGCGUAUGGGAACCUAGACAAAGGAAAACAGCUAUUGGCAGGAUUCAUUCCGUACCUCCGUCACUUGGUGAAGCUUAUUUUUUGAGAAUUCUUCUUAACAAGGUCAGAGGACCAACAUCGUUUGAUGACAUUAAAACAGUUAAUGGUCAUGUUUACGAUACAUAUAGAGAUGCUUGCUACACGCUCGGUCUUUUGGAUGAUGACUCCGAGUAUGUGGAGGCAAUAAAGGAAGCAAGUUUAUCAGGAAGCGCUUCAUAUAUUCGUAAUUUAUUUUGUACCAUGCUGUUAUCCAGUAGUCUUUCUAGACCUGAGGUUGUUUGGGAAAGUUCAUGGAAAUACAUGACAGACGAUUUUUUAUAUAGACUUCAGAAAUACCAUCGAGUUACAGCGUUAUCAAUUCCGGAGCACCAACUGAAAAACUAUGCUUUGUGCGAGAUUGAGAAGUUUUUACUGCGAAAUAAUUCAUCCUUGCGAAGAUUUCAAACAAUGCCAUUUCCAGAUAUGUCAUCUUCAGGCAGUUCAGAUAGUCGUUUGAUAUUCGAGGAGCGGGCGUAUGAUAUAACACAUCUUGGAAAUCUCUACGAUAGUCAGUUGACAAUGUUAACUGAUGAACAACGCUUUGUCUUUGAAGAAAUUAUGGCAGCAGUGAAUGGUGAUAACGGUGGGAUUUUUUUCCUUUACGGCUAUGGUGGAACAGAAAGUGACGUGUCUAAAUUACUGCAUGAGACGAAAUUAAUAAUUUGGGAUGAAGCACCUAUGGUACACAAACAUGCAUUCGAAGCGCUGGAUAGAACAAUGAAUGACGUUUUCAACAUCGACCCAUCUCUCAAUUCAGACAUCAGGUUUGGAGGUAAGGUAAUUGUUUUUGGUGGCGAUUUCAGACAAAUAUUACCUGUCGUUCCAAACGGUGGAAGACAAGAGAUUGUUAAUGCCUCCUUAUGUUCGUCUUACUUGUGGAGUAAAUGUAAAUUGCUAAGAUUAACAAGAAACAUGAGGUUAACCGUUGGAAGGUCGACGGAAGAAAUUGAAGAAAUAAACAGUUUUGCCAAAUGGCUUUUGGAUUUGGGUGAGGGUAAUGUUGGUGGUCCAAAUGAUGGGGAAGCAACUAUUCAAAUACCACAAGAUCUUCUGAUUACUGAUGAAUCUGACCCAAUUGCAAGUUUAAUUGAUUUCGUUUAUCCAUCAAUCUUGCAAAACAUCAACAACCAUAAUUAUUUUAGUGAGCGCUAUACUUGCACCGAAGAAUGA